GUAGCUAAGAAUAACAAAGGUCGCGCUACACUGAGCUAUACGAGCCGUCCUUUUGCUCUUAUCAAACAUCGACGUCGCCACCGACGACGACAACGACGAGAAUCCUUCCUCCGAUUCUCUUUUAGUAUGCUCAACGCGUACUGAAGAGUUGAACGUUCGUCGUCGUCUCUUCGGACAACCGAACAACUCGGCUUGUUUCUAAAGUUAAUCGAUUUUGAUUGCAAUGUGACAACAGUUUUAAAAGGUUUAUUGUACGGCGCGAUGGAAGACGCCUUUAACGAUACCGUUCAAAACGGCACCGCAGUCGAUUUUAAUCCGAUUUUAACUGUUAACGGAUCUGAAGAUGGAAAUAAUACGGUUUUUGAAGAAAAAUUACCCAUUUGGGUUAUAUUUUUUUAUUUUGGAUUCGUUGCGUUUGGGGGACUUUUGGAUUUAUGUUUGAUCUUUGGAUUAUUGAGGUCUAAAAAAAGAGGUAUAAUCCUAAUCAUAAUCCAACUUCUUUUCGUCGAUAUUUUAACCAUAAUUCUUCUCGUUCCAGAAAUUCUCCUUCUCCAUUCAGAAACCUGGAUAUUCCCUUCAAAUUUUUGUCCACCUUUCCUCGGAGGAGAAAUCUUAAUAAAUUCCCUUUCUAUCUACUUAAUAAUCUGUUUAAACUUCCACGUGAUCUCAAUUUGGAAUCUUCAUUUUCACGAAGCCUCUCAAGGAAAAAAUCCUUUGACAUCUUGUAAUGGAGAUGACUCGAAUGAAUGUUUAGUAAAAAAGAACGAGACUCCAACAACAAGCAGGAACUUGACGAUUGAUUACCGAAGAAAGAAAACCGACGUUUCGAUUAUAUUCCCGUGUUUGUUAAUUUGGUCUGUUUGCUUAUCUUUGAGCGUACCUCAAUAUACAUUAGCGACGACUUUAAAAGUUAAAUUAGAUGGUUUUAAUGUUACUCUUUGUACGGUUAUUAAUACUCAAUACGGUGAUCUUUUACAACAUCUUUUAUUAAGUUUUAAAGCCAUUAUACCUUUGGGAUUAUUAACUUUGUCGUUUUUGUUGUUAAUUUUUAAAUUAUACAAAAGUAAAACGGCUAGUUCUUUAAGUAACGCUAAGAAUGUUUUGUCAACGCAACGAUUAAUUAUUUUAUGUAUUAUGUUAACAUUGACGUGUUUCUUAACUUUUUUACCAAGAAAUGUACCGUACGUUAUGCAUACUUUAGCUAAAAAUAAAACAAUUAAUGACGUCGAAUCUUUUAAAAUUCCUCCUUUACAUAACUUUUAUAUCAGCGAAUACGAAGCUAUACUUUUAGCGAUGCUUCAUUAUAGUUCUGUACCUUUAAGAACAUUAGUUUGUAUGGUGUUUUUACCUACUUUAAGUAAAUUUUUUCAAAGAAGGAUUUUCGUAUGUUUUAAAAAAGAAGAACAAACGUAGUUAAAAGUAUUGUAUUUAAGACUUUUGAUGUACCAAAGAUUUUUUAUAAGCUUUAUAAAAUGUAUAAUAAAGUUUUAUUAGCAAAUUAAA